GGCUUUUCGCGGUCUACUUGUCCCAGCGUCCGGCUCUGGACUGUCUAUCGCUCUCUGACGUUCAGUCCCGGGUCGCUGCUUGUGCGCGCACGCCGCCUCACACGACAAACUUAUGGCGGAGCGCGGGGAACUCGAUCUGACGGGCGCCAAACAGAACACCGGCGUGUGGCUGGUGAAGGUUCCUAAAUAUUUGUCCCAGCAAUGGGCAAAAGCCCCUGGAAGAGGUGAAGUUGGGAAACUGAGGAUUGCCAAGAAUCAAGGAAGGACUGAGGUAUCAUUUACUUUGAAUGAGGAUCUUGCGAAUAUUCAUGAUAUCGGUGGGAAACCAGCUUCAGUCAGUGCUCCUAGAGAACAUCCAUUUGUCUUGCAAAGUGUUGGAGGACAGACAUUAACAGUGUUCACCGAGAGCUCCUCAGAUAAACUGUCAUUGGAAGGAAUAGUGGUUCAGAGAGCGGAAUGCCGACCUGCUGCCAGUGAAAACUACAUGAAACUAAAGAGAUUGCAAAUAGAAGAAUCUUCCAAACCUGUAAGGCUCUCACAACAGCUGGACAAAGUUGUAACCACCAAUUACAAGCCUGUCGCUAACCAUCAGUACAAUAUUGAAUAUGAAAGGAAGAAGAAAGAAGAUGGAAAGCGAGCUCGGGCAGACAAACAACACGUCCUAGACAUGCUGUUCUCAGCCUUUGAGAAACAUCAGUACUAUAAUCUUAAGGACUUGGUGGACAUCACAAAGCAACCUGUGGGAUACCUGAAAGAAAUCUUGAAAGAAAUCGGCAUUCAGAAUGUAAAAGGAAUUCACAAGAAUACGUGGGAGCUGAAGCCAGAGUACAGGCAUUACCAAACAGAGGAGAAGAGCGACUGAGAGAAGCGUGUGCAACAGUUACAGGCAGAUCUCUGCCACCACACGCUGACUGCCUGCCCACCCUGACAGGACAAAGACAACUGAGUCUGUCUGCCAUUCCUCAGUAAACUGUUAAAGCUGGGACUCCAAAAGGUUUCUAAGUGUUUUUUGAAGAGAAAGAUAUUAUUUAUAGACUAGACUUGUGUUAAGCCAUAGCAUUCAGCAGGCAUGCUGACAACACAUACAUGUGUCUGACACUCAGGAGACUGAGGCAGGCAAAGGGUGAGUGACUUUGAGACCAGUCUGGAAUACACAGCAAGACCCUCUCCCAUAAAAGGAAAACAUUACAGUAUGGGUAGGGUCUGGGGUUACAACUGCCUCUGUUCCCACUGGUUAGCUUUGCAAGUGUAAAUGGGACAUUUCCUAAAUGAAAUUGUAUCUCUGAGGAACUAAGGUAAGAAUGGAGAAAGUGGGGGGAGGGAAACUAUUAAAGGAACAGAGUUGAAGUUCCUUUUUCUGAAACUGAAGAGGGAACUUGUCCCUCCCUACAGAGGUAAUAUUUUACCUUCAAACAUACGUAAAUAAAGAGAUCUGUUCCCUUUGUACUAA